AUGAAUCCUUUUUCUAUUUUUCAGACAGUAGAUCAUGUUUUAAAUAAUAUAUCUGCUAGGAAAACUGAUUUACUGUUAUAUAGUGAUCCACAAAGCCCUGUUACUAUAUCAGAUGAAAACAAAAUUUCCUCAGCUAAUGAAUUAUGGGCAAUGUAUGAAGAGCAUUUAGGCCCAAAUGGUAGAUUUUGUCGUUCUUACAAGUUGUGGCUAAACUAUACCGAUACUCGCUCUGCAUAUAUUUUAGAUCAAUUAAAAGAUAACGAAGAACAACUGAUUGCAGCGAAUAAAUCAUUCGAGCAGGCAUUACUUAAUUUGUAUUUAUGCCCAAGAAUAUGGAUUAACUAUUUAGAUUUUCUUGGACGACAAAAAAAGGUAACUUUAUUAAGAAAAACAUUUAACAGAGCACUUCAAUCAUUGCCUAUUACCCAACACGAUAAAAUUUGGACUGAAUUUUUACCAAUUAUUAAAGAAAUCAAGUGUAUUCCAACAGUUUUCGAUUCAUACAAGCGUAUACUUAAACUACAUCCUGAAUAUAUCGAAGAAGCUGCAAGUUACUUUAUUACAAACAAAGCAUAUAAAGAAGCAGCAUUUUUCUUGAAAAUAAUUUUAGACAAUCCUAACUUUAAGUCAGUAAAAGAAAGACCGAAAUACUUCUAUUGGUCAAAGAUGUCCGAUAUCAUUGCUGAAGACCCUACAAUCGAAGAUUCAGAAAAUUUACUUAAGAACGGCUGCGACGACUUUGUUGUUGAGACUGGAAGAGUCUGGACAUCAAUUGCUGAUCAUUACUCUCGACUCGGCUUAUUUGCUGACGUUUUACAAAUUUAUGAAGACGCUUUAACGCAAACAAGGACAGCUCAUGACUUUUCAGUUGUUUACACGAGUGCAACAGAGUUUAUGAAGCAGGUUAUCAUCAAAUCUCCUGAAUGGCGUGAAUUAUUCAUGACAAAAUUAAAUGAUCUUAUUGAUAGACAUCCAAUCUUAUUAAAUGCGACCAUUCUUAAGGCAGAACCUAAUAAUAUAUUAGCAUGGAUCAAUAAAGCGCCUUUAUACCAAGAUUUGCCUUACUUUUACGAACCAACAAAAUAUAAUGAAAUUUGGGAUCAAAUUAAUGACAUUUUUGACGAAGAUACUAAGAAUGAAAUGUUUGUACUUAUAGAAGCCAUCGAAACUGUAAAGCCAAAGUUCGCAUUUGCCGGAAAUGUAUCUGAUUUAUGGAUUGCUUUGGCCAAACUAUCAACAAACCCUAAAAUGGUAUUCGACAUUAUUCUUUUCGACCACGAAAACAAAGAAAAUGAAAAACCAGCUUUAACUAACGAAGAUUGUGUCAGAAUCUACUUGUUUUACUGCGAAUACCUAAUUGAAGAAGGCAAAUAUGAAAAUGCCUUAGAUGUGGCCCGCCGUUCCAUCGAUAACCGAAAGAUUUCUUCAACAUUAGGAAUGAGUCGUCUUUGGUCGCUGGCUUUGGACUUGGAAUGGUCUCUCAGUGGUUCAUCAUCCGUCAGAGCUUUAUUCGAGCGCUGUAUGAACUCUCCUGCCGUUACUCAACGCCAUAUUAUCUGUUAUGCGAACUUUUUGAAGUCCAUUGACCAUAUCGAUGACAUGUUUCGUGUCUACGAGCGUGGUAUAGCCGCAACAGGAUGGCCGGCAAGCGCUCCAAUUUGGUUAAGAUAUCUUGAUAGUUUUGUCAUGACUUAUAAAGGCGAAAAGAGGGAACGAACACGUGAUUUAUUUGAAGAUGCACUGAAAGGAGAGAAAUGCGAGUUCUCUAUUCACAUUUAUUUGUUGUAUGCAGAUUAUGAAGAAAAUUACGGUUUGUUUUCACACGCAAUGUCAAUAUACAAGCGUGCCACAGAACAACUAAAUGAUAGCAGAGUUUAUCAUGUAUGGAUCAGCGCUGCAAUGAGGAUUUUUGGUGCAAUUAAAGCUAGACAAGUUUACGAUUACGCUGUAAACACAUUAUCUGGUCAGGAAGCAGCAGAUUGGUGCGUAAGAUAUGCAGCUAUGGAGUCAAAACUCAAAGAAUUCGAAAGAGCCAGAAAGAUUUUCAUUCACGGCAGCCAAUUCGCUGAUCCUGCUAAAUGCCAUGACUUCUGGGAGAGCUACGAGAAGUUUGAGACCGAACACGGCACGAAAGACACAUUUGCUGAGAUGCUUUCUCAGAAGAACAUCGCAGCUCAGAAAUUCAACUCCGAAAUCCACAUGGGAAUGGUCAACGAGGAAAUGGACACCGCGGCGUUGGAUGACGAGAAAGAACUUGAUGUCGUUGAGAACGCAAGGAAGCUGGCAGUCCUUGAGCAGAGGAUUCCCAAAACAAUUUAUGAAGGUGGCCUCAACCAAGUCAGUACAAUUAGUCAGCUUUUCUCUUCAAAGAAGACAAAAAAGAAACUUGAAUUGUAA